AAAAAAUCUGCCCCAUUCCACUCAAAUUUUUGCAAAAAUUCCCCUUCUCAGCCUACUUCCAUCAACUACGGUUACAGAAACUCAAAAUUUUUGGUAUGAUAUAAUUCUGUAUUGUUUAGAUUUUGAUGUGUCAAUAAUUAGAUAUAUGUAUUUAAUGAAUUGCUGAUAGUGUCAGUUUUUUUUCCCGAGAAAUGCCAAGAGAAUAGUUAGAAAAAACCCUACCCACAAUCCCUUCCUAUCUCACUAGCUAGCCACCCAACAAAAUCAAAAGAAGCUAAAUCUAACCGGGACAACAACAUGGCUUUGCGUGUCACUCUAUGAGCAGCCCAGUUGGUUGUCCGCGGAACAGCUCUACAGUCUAUACAAUGAGAAAAAGACUGAAGAAGAAAAUGACAAUCUCUAAGCAGCGGACCACCAGACGAAUCCUCCACCACACCGAGCUUGAGCUGACGGAUGACCACUUCUGCAUCUCCUUCAAAGAUGACACGAGCCAAACUUCUAGAAAUUGCAAGCGAGAUUGCCUCCCUAUCUGCAAGGAGUUCUGCUAUGUACGGGUCAGAAAUACCCUGAUGCUGAACACCGACGGCGAGUUGCACAUGCCCGUCCGAGCCACGAACCACAAGGCCAGACGAGCAACCAAAGUCUUGAACGGCAGCAUCAAAGUUGAUCUUCAAAAGGUCAGGGGGCGGGGGUAGCCCACAAAAGGAAACAGUCGCAGGCACGCGGGGAGGGGAAGACGGGCCAGGAGUCGAGGAAGAGAGCACUUAACGGAUCUGAAAAGAGUAUUGGCGGGCAAGUGAACGGACAUUAGGUUGGGUAUUUUCAAAUACCACUGAAUUUCUAGAUUUCCAUAUUCUCCAUAAGAGGCAUACUACCUGGAGAAUAUGGGUUUGGGAAUGCCGACCUAGCAAAAAUUGCCGCCACCAGAUACUGAAAUUUAUAAUUGGGGCGGGCGUACAUCGUCUAAUCCCACAAAAGACCAUAACUGGAUGGCAAGGAGGCAUGUAAAGAACAAAUGUUCUAAAUUUUC